CGGCGCGGCAUUAGGCGAACGGGAAACGUUUCAAUGCAUUUGCUACUAUAAGUAAAACAUUUUUGUUAUUUACGUUUUCAUAAUGUAUUAAAGUGCCCCACUGAUGAAUAUAAAUUACCACUGACGAUGUUUUAUCACAUAUCUUUAGAGCACGAGAUUUUACUUCAUCCUCGAUACUUUGGGCCCCAGUUACUAGACACAGUAAAACAGAAGCUAUAUACAGAGGUAGAAGGGACAUGUACAGGCAAAUAUGGUUUUGUAAUAGCAGUAACAACAAUAGAUAGUAUAGGGGCUGGACUUAUUCAGCCUGGUCAAGGAUUUGUGGUAUACCCUGUCAAAUAUAAAGCUAUAGUUUUCCGACCCUUCAAAGGAGAAGUUCUUGAUGCUAUAGUUACCCAAGUAAAUAAGGUUGGAAUGUUCGCUCAAAUAGGUCCAUUAAGCUGUUUUAUUUCUCAUCAUUCAAUUCCGGCAGAUAUGGAGUUUUGCCCUAAUGUUAACCCCCCCUGCUACAAAAGCAAACAGGAAGAUAAUGUCAUACAGGAAGAGGAUGUCAUCAGAUUAAAGAUUGUUGGUACACGAGUUGAUGCCACUGGAAUUUUCGCAAUCGGAACAUUGAUGGACGACUAUUUAGGAUUAGUGACACAGUAAUUGUAAUUAAAUUAUUUUGUAAGUUAAUAAUACAAAAUGAAACACAA